UAUGAAAGUGACCAGAGAUUUUUUCAUGUACAAAUCAGGAAUUUACAAAUGUUCGAAUUUGGCGUCAGGAUCGAGAACAGGAUACCACUCGGUGAGGAUCGUUGGUUGGGGUGAAGAAUACCAGGGCGGCAAAGUUGUCAAAUAUUGGAUUGUGUCAAAUUCCUGGGGAAGUUGGUGGGGUGAAAACGGAUACUUCCGGAUACUGAAGGGCGUUGACGAGUGUGAGAUUGAAGAUUUCGUCAUCGCUGCGUGGGCGGACAUUGAUGACUUUGAUGUGACCGAGAAUCCGCUGGGAUAUGACGUAUUCCUGCUUAAUGGUCCAAAGUCAAAUUCCAUCUGAACGAGUGCCAUGGUUAGGUUAUAAGUUCGCAGUCUGAAACAGAUUGGAAAAAAAUUCUACUCCUCAGUAUCUACAAUCAUGCUGGACAAAAAAAAAUGAAUAAACCUACAUAUACAUAUACAUAUAUAUAUAUAUAUAUAUAUAUAUAUACGUACGAUGGACGAAAGUAGACAACAAAUAAAUUUAUAUACGAACAUCGUUCGAUAUUUAUAAUCGCUUAUUAUACAAUAAUAUAUAUAUAUAUAUUAGAUUACCAUAUUUUAAACAUGCAGAUUUGUCCACAAAGUGAUUUAAACUAUAACUGAAUCGCACAAA